UGGAUCGACUUUCUCGCGCGAAACAUGUUUAAUUGUGUCGUUGAGGGGGUGUUGGUGGGAAUGGUUCGUGAAUAUCUGUGUAUCAAAAAAGUACGUAUUUAUUUCAGGCGCUGCUAAUACUUUGUUUAAUAAUGGGACGUAAGUCUGCGAAGAGUAAGGAGAAGAGGCAACAACGUAAAGAGGAAAUUGCUCGAAUAUCUGCUUCGCAAGCACUUGUGAACAGAGCAAAUAAUCAAGAGGACCCAAUGGCACCAUUUUCUGUGUUCAGAAAAUUUGAAAAGAAUGGCCUUACUGUCACGCUUGAAUGCAAAUUAUGUGGUUCCCUAGAUGUUGUUACAAUGGACUGGAUUUUUGAGCUUGAAAAGAGGAACAUGAAAGAUUUGUAUGAACAAUGUGAGUGGGGUUGGAAUGAUAAGGUAAAGAAGGAAGAGAUGACAGAUGACAGAGCAUGGUAUCUUAUAGCACGAACUCCCGAACCAGAAUUGAAACCAGUUGCAUUUUCACAUUUUCGAUUUGAUAUGGACUAUGGAGAUGAAGUUCUUUAUUGCUAUGAACUGCAGUUAGAGGAAGAGGUACGCAGGAAAGGGUUGGGUAAGUUCAUGAUGCAAGUCCAGGAACUGAUUGGAUUUUCUGCAAAUAUGAAGAAAGUUGUUCUUACGGUACUAAAAGGCAAUCCUGAUGCAAAGGCUUUCUUUACUGCUCUCAAGUAUACAAUGGAUGAAACGUCCCCAGAAGAUAAUGUACUUGAACACUAUCCUUAUGAGAUACUCAGCAAAAUGAACAAAAAUCUGCCCUCUUCUAGAUAACUAUGGUCAAGACAUCAAGUGUUGAUUACUAUAAAUUGUGUUCUAAGAUUGUUGAUGAAUAGGGAGGUGUAUUAAUAGUUCAAAGCUUCACAUAAGCUUGCUAUCUAUUGUUUCAUUAUAUAUCAGCAUUUUAUUGAAGUAUGGUAGUGAAUUUUAAAUCAUGAAGAUAUGCGACUUAAAAAUUAGGACAUGUGUUACAUUGCAGUAGAAGACAUUUCACAGGAGAAUAUCAGCUGUUAAUGAAUCAGACUGUUGAACAGUAAUGAAUGUGGAUUGAUUGUACAAGUCUUUAACUAUGCGUUAAACCAAUAGAAAUAAAAUGUAACACUGAUGGAUCACUUGUGUGGAAUUGGUAUAGUAGGAGACCCAUACUGUAAUUUGAAUUUUCAACAAAUAUGACCAGCACCUUUGGUGCAGGGUCUUGUGAAAUCGAUAGUCAGCUGCUGAAGAAAUAUCCUGCAUUUAUAGGAAGUGAGUUUGUUGCUGUAUUAAUGAUUGUAUAUCUUAUUUCUGCUGCUGUAACUGAAGUAUUAAGGGAGGUUUUUACUUUUUUGAUGUGAUUACCCAGAAAUUCGCAUUAGUAUUGCCAAAUUUAGCAUUAUCAGGAAGUAUCUCACCCUCAUAUUUUAAUCUUGCAUGAAAUGUAUUAUAAAUUUAAUGAAUAACUCAUUUUCACAUGUAAGAUGCCAACAGAAAAUUAAAGACUGUAUUUGUUUUUGUUCUGGGAUGCAUUAUAUAUUAAAUUUUUAAAUACAUCCUGUACAAGUAUUUGUGUCGGGCACACUGAAAGAAUGAAUGGAUUUUGUUAAGUGUGUAUUGGAUUUAAAUUGUAUUUUUAGAGUUGCGUGUUACUGAAUAAACCUAUAGAUUAAAAUAUUCAGUUAAGUGAUUGAUGUUGAUGUUUUACAAAUAUCCUGUAUUAAUAAACACUUCUCGUAAGUGAAAUGCACCAUUAGUGUAUUUAUAUCAUAAGAAAUUAUGCUCUGUAAGGAAUUUAAAGGUUAAGUUCUUAUUCAUGUAAUGAACAGAUGAAUGAAUGCAUGAAAAGUAAGUAGAUGCAAAUAUGUACUGGUCCAAAAUAAAAUUUGGCUCCUCUUGUCAUUGCAGUGUAAUGAAAUAACAGUGCAGAGCUACUGGUUAUUAUUAAGUCUGUUAAGUACUGCUAUUGUGUUCUUAAUAGCAGAGGAUUUUUUGUACAAAAGUACAUUUACAAAUAAAAAUUGGUGUAAUUUUAACCAACCCA